ACUCCACACGCUACCUGUCCGCAAGCGUACACCUCCUUCCUCUCUCUCUCUCUCUCCCCCCUCUUCUUCUCCACCUGCAACACCCACCCCCCUUCACAUCAUUUCAAAGCCGCGUCAAUUUUUCACCCUCCCCCUGAAAAAGGUGUUCUCUUUGCGCGUGUCCCGUUCUCUUCUCCAUUCCAAAUUAAAAGCCCUAACUCAACCAGACCUCUAUUUACCCUCUCUAAUGGAGGUUAAGCUAUGGAACGACAAGCGCGAAAGAGAGAUGUAUGAAAACUUUGCUGAGCUCUUCGCCAUUAUCAGAGCCACCGAGAAGCUAGAGAAGGCGUAUGUUCGUGACAUUGUUUCUCCAUCAGAAUAUGAGGCUGAAUGUCAAAAACUGAUUGCCCAUUUUAAAACCCUAGCUUUCACACUCAAAGACACUGUUCCAAACAUUGAGCGGUUCCAUGAGACAUACAAAAUGGACUGCCCGGCGGCCUUAAACCGCCUUGUGACCUCAGGUGUCCCUGCCACGGUUGAGCACAGGUCAUCCGCGGCAAUGUCAGCAACUACUUCGGCCGCCACUGUGGCUGAAUGUGUGCAAAAUUUUAUUACGGCAAUGGACUCAUUGAAGUUGAACAUGGUUGCUGUUGAUCAGGUCCACCCGCUGCUUUCGGACCUGUCGGCUUCGCUCAACAAGCUUACCAUUUUGCCUCCUGAUUUUGAGGGGAAGACGAAGAUGAGGGAGUGGAUUGCAAGGCUGUCAAAGAUGGGGGCAGCAGAUGAGUUGACGGAGCAGCAGGCUCGCCAGCUUCACUUUGAUCUCGAGUCGUCUUACAACUCCUUUAUGGCGGCAUUGCCCACUGCUGGAACUUAAUUGAAUAUGGUAUGCUUGUAAAUAAGAGGCAAAAUGCUGUUUCAUUUGGGUGCCUCUGAUAAAUAGUGUUUUUUAUUUCUCCUAUUUGGUAGGACAUUAGUGAUUGCUUGGAAGGGAUUAUCUCUGAUUUUGUUCCAUUUUCCAUGCUUUAGGAAUGGUUGGCUUGUUGAUCCUUAACUGAUAUUUUGUGCUAACUGAUUUCAUAUUGUAUCAUGAAAAGAAUAUGUGAUUUGUUUUGGCUUCUUA